UGCUCAGUCCACAGCCUGUUGGAGAACCGAGUGUCUUCCAGUGGAGUGAGGGUCUGGUUCCCGGUCACAGCUUCGCCAUGUCCUCCCAGCAGAGCGCGGCUUCCGCCAAAGGCUUCUCCAAAGGGUCUUCCCAGGGCCCCGCCCCGUGCCCCGCCCCGGUGCCCUCCCGGGCCUCUUCCUCCUGCUGCGGCUCCGGAUGCUGCGGUUCAGGCUCCGGAUGCUGCGGCUCCGGCUCCGGUUGCUGCGGGGACUCGGGCUGCUGCGGGGACUCGGGCUGCUGCGGCUCGGGCUCCACCGGCUGCUGCUGCUUUCCCUUGAGGCGCCGGCGGCAGCGCAGGAGCGGGUGCGGGUGCUGCGGGGGCGGCAGCCAGAGGUCUCAGUGCUCCGGCAGCACCCAGAGCCCCGGCUGCUGCGGCGGCUGCUGAGGCCACGGAGGCCCGGAAGAGCCUCUCCAGAGCCACCCGCCAAUCAGAGAGCGGCCCGCCGCCUGGGCUGCCACCCCGCCUCCGCCUCCUCUCACUCUGCUGGAAUUCCGGUCUGGGGCGCCCCUUCGUCCCAGGCCCCCAUCAAGCUAACUGCACUUGGAUGUCCAGAAACCCACCCUGUUCUCGGCCCCACAAAACUUCCCGACCGCGUGAUUUUCCUGCCUGGGAACCUGAGAGCCGUGGUGGACUCUACUGUCUGCAUGGACACUGCACUCUGCUGUCUGCAUAGGCUAGCACGCAGUAGGUGCUCAAUAAAUGCCUACUGAUUUGAUUGUCUUAAAGACAUGUCAUAAUAAAGCUACCUCCUGAGAAC